CUCAUUCGCAUCUGCCGCCAUGUGCAGAACGGCAAGUGGACGCGCCAAAAGGUCUUCCACACCAUGGUCUUCGCAGCAAACCUUGGCUACUGCAUCUAUUUUGUCGUCAACCCCUUCGCCUCCUGCUCCCAAUGGCUCUGCUGGUCCCAUGCCUGCAGCUUCAUUGCUCUCGAUUGCAUGGCUGGCGGGCAUGUGUCUGCUCUGCUUCUCCCUCCGUGCAUUCAUUGUCCUCGCUAAAUACAUCCCGGUCAGUCCCCGGUCAGCCAAGUACUCAUGGACUAAGGCGGUCGAAUUCCAGACGAAGAACGACUCCGUCAAAGAGAAAUCUGCAGCAGCUGUCGCGAAGAUCCACUUGGAGAAUCAAAAACGGCUGCAGGCGGAGUUUAUCGCUUCUAAAGAACUGGAGGUUGAAGAAAUUCAGGCAGCUGUCGGCACGCAUGUCACGACUCUGGCGACGAAGAUGGAAGAGUACAUCAAGGGCCUCAGCUCCGACCCCGAUCUGGUGGUUUCUGAUACCGCCAAAGAACGCUAUCGGCGACUGAAGGGGCGGUGCAUCGAGAAGGCUCAAUCUGACAUCGCGGCGGCCAAGGAUGAGAUGACCAUCCGAGAGAUCGAUCGACAGCAUAAGCUGGCGGCUGAGGAUUUGAAGAAGGCUGCUGCAGCUGAGGAGGUGCAGGAGAUGGAAAUGGAGCCUGCGAUUGAGGAGAUUCUGGCUAAGCAUGCCAAGAAGAUUGAAGACAAGCUUCGGCGGGAGAUUACGCAGAAGCUUGAGGCCAGUCUAUCUAAGAAGCUGCAGAAGAAUCUUCACAUCGGAGAGCAGAACUCUUCGCAGGCCGCAUCCGCUGACAAGAAGCAGACGGCUCAACCUGGGAGGCAGGACGGUGCACCUGGGAAGCCUAGGCCGAAGAAGAAGCGGGGUGGUAAGACUCCAAAGAAGCAGAAUUCCAGCGCCGACAAAGAGCAGCAGGCGAAAGGCCCUACCACAUCGAAGGCCAAGGGACCAAAAAACGGCGGAGGCGGCCCCGGAAAAGGGCCGCACAAGAAGUGA